CGUCAGUUUACCGCACUCGCUCAAAUGACAGUGAAGUCUAAAAUUGGAAGAAUACCUUAGCCAUUUGUAUGCACACUUAUGUCAGGGGAAAAACGUGCUGGAGGGGUACAGACACAGCCAAAAUCCAAACGUCCCAAAAAAACUGAUCCAAGAGGAUAUACUAAAGGAUCAGAUACAGACAGUGAAAAACACCAGCUGAAAUUACCAUGCAGUGACCCAUUUCCUCCAACUACCUUCUGCCUUGGUGACAGUUUCGAUGAUGCUCAGACAUAUUUUUCACAAGAGCAAGCAAUGCUUCCAGUGAACUUUGUCAGCGACCUCAAGAAGAAACAUCCACAUGUGGUGAAACGUGUGGCAGAUUUAUUAGAAUACAAUAGAAGGGGCAUUGCUUUAUUUGGUCGGUCGCUGGCAACAACCUUAAACUUGCCUUGUCACAAACCACCUGAUGUUUUGCAGUGUGAUGUAUUGAUCAUCACACGAAAGUGCCUACCUUUUGUUAUAUCUUUCUCAUCAGAAGCAGUUGAUGAUGCUAUUGACAAAUAUAAUGCCGAAUUGGCCCAUCGCAUGAGGGUGACAUUUGGAAAAUACACAGCAGAAAGGUUCACUUUCAUCUUUUUGGCCACUGAAGAGAAAAUAUAUGGGAAAAAGACCAAAUUUCACUCCACUGUCCAUAAAAGAAGGUCUACGGUAAUUGAAUCCUGCUUUCCUGAUCAAAAACACAUGACUGAUUCCAAAUUUGAAGGGCUGAAGAAAGCUUUAACAGCUACAGCUGCAAGAACAAGUAUUCCUAUGGCACCUAAAGAGGGGGGAAAGGGAUCGUUUUGGGUUUUGAUGAAAGAACAGUUUUCAAAGUUACUUAACAAUGUUGAUCUACGCCAACCAUCAGAUGUAUCUGAAACACUUCUUGGGAAAACAGUGUUCAUGUUUGAAGCUGCCCUACGACUAGAACGCAGUGGUAAAACACUGCUCAUCUAUGACAGCGUGGAGGAAAAGACCAAACAAAAUCAUGUCCCAGCUGAAGGGACCAUCGAGACAAUUGACUCCUUCCGUCAGUCUGGUCUGGACUGGUCACAGUUCAAGUACAUCAUUGUAGCUGCCACACGUCACCAGUUCAAGGACAUUCAGGACACGUUGAAGGCACUUAGGACUCCAAUAUGGAGGAUCUACGAACGUGACGAAGUUAAACCCCCCACAGAAACUCUGAGUAUUGGGCUCAUAGGCUACCCAAAGACAGGGAAAAGUCUUCUUGCCAAUGCAAUUGCAGGUGAGAAACUGUUCGAUGCUGGAUUACAGAAACCCACAGCAGUAUGUCAAGAGAAACGCGUAAGAAUUGGUAACAGAGCAAUUCAAAUAUUGGACACACCUGGGUUUUCGUUGUACAACAAACAGAACAUUCAGACAACAGUCGAUGUGGUGGUGACAAAGGAAAGUUCCAUUGAUGCCUUCUUGCUUGUCGCCAAGGCAUCUACAAUGACAUAUGCUGAAGAACUGCUCUUCAAAUAUGUCAGAUCUAUUGCGGGGAAGUCCAUGUCACAUAAAAUAGUGCUCGUGCUUACAACAUUAGAUGAAAACCUCACUUUGAAGGAAUACCUAGAGAACAUUCCUAAUUUCCUGAAAGACUUCCUCCAUUUCUGCCACAACCCACCUGUGCUUGUCAAUGUCAACACUGGCACAGAGUCCGAGAAGGCAAACGAUCAGAGACAAGAAUUGUUCAGGACAAUAGGAGGCAUACAUGGGGAGCCUGUGCAAGAGAAUAAACAAUGUGUGAACACGAUUCGUCAGAAGGUAAAUGAAGCCAUCUGUGAACAGGACAAAUGUCGGAAACAUGACUCUAUCCAGUAUAUGCAGCGGAUACACUCAUUCUUCUCAAGCCAUUAUGGAUGCUAUACAACUUGCUGUAUGAAUGAAAUAACGUCGAAUCAACGUUAA